UAAACCGUCUGUGUCUCCCGAAUAGCCAGAACCGCUGACUCUCCAUGCACUUUUGAGAGGGUCCAACAACUUUUCCACGUUGCAUUGCCACAGCUGGAACUUUCAAUUUAUUCCAGUUUGAAACCACUUGUGGACUAUCUUCAGAGCACUYGAGUUUCUACCAAAAGGACCCAUGUGGGUGGUGGAGAAGCUGCGCGUGUCAGCAGAGAGAUCUAACCUGCCUAUCCGAUCUGUAGAACUCAGCUUCAAAAUCGGUGACAUCAUGCUGGGAGACAAAAGUGACAAAUCCAAGAGGAUUUCUCAUUGUCCAAAUAUCAUCACCCCUGAUAACAUCCCAGAGUUCUGCAUCCCGCCAACAAUUUUAUCCCUGCAGGAGAUGAAGAACGCAGAGCAAAAAGGAGCGGCUCGCACGGUCAGGGUGUCGCAGUGGGAGAAGGCUAAACCGGAAACAGAAGUGGCGUUUCACGAGGCUUUUAAUCCCCACAUCAUUCAGGUAGAAAGUGUAGAUGAGAGCCCCUGUGAUGGUUGCAGUGAUGAGGAGACAACCAACGCAGAUCCCCAGAGCCAGGCAGCCUUAUCCCUUCCUCACCUGGCCAAAGCCCAGACCAGCUAUGGCUUUUGUACUUUGCUCGAGAGCCCCCACACCAGGAGGAAGGAGUCCAUUUUCCAUUCUGAUCCAGGUUCCUCUCCGCUGUUGCUGCCCAGGAGUCGAUCCAGUACGUACUCUAAAUUCACCUACCCUGCCUCGCCCAGCUCCUCUCCGUCUUCGUUCAGCCUUAACAGCCUGACCUCCAGGCUUUCCCCGAGAAGCUACAGCAUGAACUGGCAGGCCCCUUUGGACAGCGACACAACUUCCUCCACCGAAUCCUCACCUUUCAGCUCUCCGCUGCUGUCCAGGUGCCCCGCCAAGUCUUCCCUUUUUAAAACGCUGAGCCACGAACUGCUGCUGUCGAGAAACAUCCGAAAAGCAAUGGUGUCCAGGAACAACUCCCUGUCAACAGACGAGGGCAGCUCCACAGACAACAGCCCCAAUAUCAUGAGGAGAACAUCGGAGGGGAUGGCUGAAGGCCUGCCCAGCAGUUACAGCCUGGCACCGCCCAACAUCUUCCCAAUGGACGUAACUCUGCACAGAGAGAGAGCAAUGAAGGAAAGAAUGGUGCCUGUGGGAAAAGAUGGCAGUCUGAGACUCUCAGCAGAGUACUGCCCAGAUAACCAAAGGCUGCGGGUUCGACUGAUCAGCGCCGAGGGCCUUUAUCCCCUCUCUGUGGACCCCAAGAUUAUCAACUGCAGUGUCAGCAUUUCUCUUGUUCCAGGAAAAGUCCAGAAGCAGCGCAGCACGGUAAUAAGAAAGAGCCGCAAUCCGAUAUUUAAUGAAGAUUUCUUCUUUGAUGGUAUCAUGGAGGAAGAGCUCAGCCACAGAUCUCUUCGCUUUAAAGUAGUGAACAAAAUGUCCACCCUGAAAAGAGACUAUCUUCUAGGUGACUGUGAUUUGCCUCUUUCAAGCAUYGUAACAUUAUAAACUUAUCAUUGGACGAAUAUUGUCUGUAUUGAGAUGUUUACAUUGAUUUAUAAAUUGUACAGCGAGAUUUUGUAUGAAAUAAACUAUGAAUAACU